AGAUGGAGGCGGCGCCGGAUCCCGGGCCGGGGCUGUGCUGCAAACCCGGCGGGCGACUAGACAUGAGCCACGGCUUCGUGCAUCACAUCCGACAGAACCAACUCGCUCGGGAUGACUACGACAAGAAGGUGAAGCAGGCAGCCAAGGAGAAGGCGAGGAGGCGGCACACGCCUGCGCCAACGAGGCCUCGCAAGCCCGAUCUGCAGGUGUACCUGCCGCGACGCCGAGGUGGUUCUACCCACCCAAGCCACCCAGACUAUGAGGAGUCCGGUGACAGCAGCAGCAGUGGCGGCUCUGAGCCGGAGCCUCCGGGCCACCCGCUCUUCUGCUUAGAAUAUGAGGCGGACAGCGGAGAGGUCACAUCAGUGAUCGUAUACCAGGACGAUGACCCAGGAAGGGUGAGUGAGGAGGUGUCAGCACACACACCUCUGGAUCCACUCAUGCGAGAAGCCCUCAAAUUGCGCAUCCAGGAAGAGAUUGCAAAACGACAGAGCCAGCGCUGA